GACAAGUUAAACCACCAUCUAAUGGGACCAAGUUGAUAUUUCUACCUGGAUCAACCGUGAAAAUAGAUUGGUCAUAUGUUGGUGAUAUAUCUAAAGUGAAUCUUCGAGUUUGGUAUUUCAAAACUAGUGAGAGUUCACAACUAGGAGAACUUACAGUAUUAUUUCUAGAUCGUGACCCCGAACCGAAAAACACCACCUUAAUACCCAGGUUUGAAAUAGAAAAGCCAGCAACAUUGGUUUUAAAGAAUGUCGAUGAAACGUAUAAUGAAAUAUUUAUUUUCCUCCUUCGAAAUCAAUAUCCUCUGCAGUCAUAUUUAUCUGAAGUUGUUGUUAUUAUUGCAAGUACGUUUUGACAAAGUAUAACUUCUGAUUUUUCAAAGUUUGUUUUACUACUUUCAUUGGUUCCAGCGAGUUGCAUGCAUGAGUAUGGUUUGGCAUGGCCAAACAACAUCUAUACAAAUAUCUUAAUUUUGAAAAUAUUCUAUUUACAUGGCGAGCAAUCAUCUUGUGCAAGCUGCAGCCUUGACUAAAAUAGUUUAAUUUUAGGAUUUCCAAAUAUCGGUUUGUAUGGCUAUCUACAUGUAGAACGAUCUGUGCCAGCGUAGAUACAAAUCAUUAAUUCAGCCGUAUUUUGAUUAUUGCUCUCCCCUGUGGGAUACAUGCGAUAAAAUAUUAAAAGAUAAAUUGCAAAUACUAUACUAAAUCGUGCGGCUAGAGUUAUCACUGAAGCAAGAUAUGUUGAUAGGAUUAGAUCAAGUGAUCUUUUGGAAGGUUUAGGAUGGGAUAAUUUACAUGUUAGGCGGGCUAAGUUGAAGAGUAUCCUAUAAUGUAUAAAGUCCUUAAUGAAAUUUGUUCGCCAUGUUUAAGGGAAAGCCUCGUGAGACUUCUAGAGAACUUAAUAGAGGCCAUAAUUUACGAAAUCAGGAAACGGAUCUAGCACUUCCAAAACCAAAAACUAAGUUUUUGAAGCGAAGCUUUAAAUAUCGUGCGUCAUGCUGUGGAAUAAUCUUCCAUUAGAUGCAAAAGGAGUGACUUCGCUCCGUCAAUUUUUAAAUUGCAUAGUAUUGCGGAACUGUCCUUUUUGAACCAUGUUGACUCAAUUAUAGUUAAUUCUCUUUACUUCACUUUAUUUUUCUUUGUUCUAGGGGUGGGGGGAGGUUGGGGGUUUAUAUAAUAUUCUAUAAAUUUUACUGUUUUAUAUAUCAAGCCCCUCCUGUAAAUCGCUUUUAGUUGUGCGAGGCUAGCGUGUUUUUUAUUUAAAUAAAAUUGAUUGAUGAUGAUGGGAUAGUGGCAAUAACACCAGAAAGCUGCGGAUUAAGAGGGAUUCAUCUAUCUAACAAAACGAGUUUUACUUCACGCGUUUUGUCAGUAAAAACGUUUAAGAGUAAAAUACAUUUAAGUUGUACUUACUAUUUUUCAGAUAGUUGAAUCUCUCUCAAUCCGCAGUAUUCUUGUAUGACUAACAUAUUUCUAUUAUCCCUUGUUUCUUGGCAUUAUUAAACAUAGUGGAAAAUGCAGGUCCAUACACGUGAAUAAGACAUUGAGGCCCGAUCUGCAGUAGAAAUCUUUCAUACUAUAUAUAUCUUGAGUUGCACUCUAACCUUACAGAAUGAUUCUCUAAAGUCUUACAUAUAGUUUCAUUACAUUUCAGAGAAACCAACUGUGACAUUGAGUUGUUCCAGUCCUAUCACAGUAAAUGAGCGUGACAAUGUCACAUGUCUAUGUAGAGGUAAAGGUGGAAAUCCUCCAGCCAAUGUAACUUGGCAUGAUAAAGAUGGCGUCCAGAUGGGGGGAACUGGAAAAGAAGAACAAACAUUAACUCUCAGUGAAACUUACAAAUGUGUAGCCAAAAGCCACACUCUAACAGAUGAAAAGUCAAUCGAAAUAAUUGUUUAUUGUGAGUAUAGAAUUACAUGAUAAUAUAUAACGUUUUAAACGAAACCACUAGGCUAAGCCAACAUGUCGUUUAUCCCAUUAAUAUCGUUUUCAAAAUAUUUGUGAAUAUAUCUCAAAUAGUAUAGUAGGAAUAUGCAUUUUAUAGGAAAAAAGCUUACCUAUAACAAGUGACCGAAAGCCUAAAUUUUCGCUGAUUGAGAAGGCGUGCAAUUAAAGCUUUCUAACAGUAUAAACUCAGAUCUUCUGCAGUGCAAAAAGAAGAAAUUAUCAUUUAGCAUAAAGAGUUUGUAUCUUAUUAGACUCAGUUCCACCUACAGUGAUAAGCCUUACGUCGACUCCAGAAAAUGUCCGAUUUGGUGAAUCAGUCGUCAUAACGUGUGAACCUAUAGCUGUGCCUUUACCAAGUUAUACCAUAAUCCAUAACAGUAUACUGAGAUCGUCAGUACUCACAAUACAUAUAUAAUAACAGUGUUGGAAUUCAGUGAUGCUGGGUCAUAUAGAUGUAUUGCAACAAGUAUACUUGGAAAUAGUUCAAAGGCAUUCAUGCAGUUUGUCUGUCGUAGGUAACUAUGACAUAUAGUUUUUUCUGUGAUUGAAUUACUUUUAAUAAGUAAUACUGCAUGUAGUCCAUCAAGCUUAAAAUAUAACUACAGUAGGCAAAUAGACUCUUAACAAUGUGAUUUCAUUUCCAGUAACACGAACAACGAAUGCUCCAACUACAAAGGGUUUCGGAGCAGGUAAGGUGGUAUUCUUCUCCCAACAUGGUUCAGAAAGUAUAAUGUUUGUUUUCUUUUUAACUUUUUUGAGACACCCAUGCAGUACAGUACGUGUAGAAACAAAUUGUUUAGAAAAUUGCUAAACCCAUAUCGGUAACUGUGUUCUUCUUAAUUUUCAGGAAAAGCAGCUUUAGAAGCGAAUCGUAGUGGAACUGUAUGGUAUAUGGUUGUGGUAAUAUUGGUGUCUGGGAUUAUCAUUGGAAUUCUUCUUUCUUAUAAUAUUGUCUCGUGUUCUGGUCGUAAAUUUAGAAAUAGAGAACCUCAAUCAACCCUUGAACCAAAAACAACUAAAGUUGAUACAACUUAUCAAGAGCUUGAUCUUUCUAAAAUGAACACAGAAGAUAAUAAUUAUCAAUCAUUAAGAGUUAAUGCCGCAAAUGACGAGGACUCUACUUACACUGAGUUGAGCAAAACCAGAGAUGUGGAGGACAACUACCAAUCUUUAACAUGA